AUGCCUCACAUCUACCUGUCUUUGCUUCUGGCUGGGCUCUGUGCUUUUGCCCACCGUCACCAUACUCUUGACCACAAGGAGGACCAUGACCAUUCUCCUCUUGCUGAAGGUGACAGAGAUUUGCCUUCUCUGAAGAUAGUCCAAUUCUACUACGACCUUCCUUCGGAGACUGGUGAGAAGAACAUUUUCUCUUUUUUUAUAAUAUUUUUAUUCAUUUUCAAAUACAAAUUUAUACGACCAUUAUCAGAAUUUAUCACAUAAUCUUCUUUUUUUUUUACUUCCCUCAGUUUCUCUGCCAAUCUUCCGUUUUAUUUAUUUGUUUACACACUCCGGUUUCUUAACAAAUGUAUGUUUUAACAUCUUUUUCAAUUCAUUAUAAAUCAUUUCCCAGAAGCCUUUCACUUUCUUACAUUCCCACCACAUAUGAUAAAAUGUCCCUUCUUUUUCUUUACACCUCCAACACUUAUUACAUGUUUUAUACAUUUUUGCAAGUUUUACUGGUGUACUAUACCAUCUAUAUACCAUUUUCAUAACAUUUUCCUUUAACGCAGUAUAUGCCGUAAAUCUUAAUCUUUCAUUCCAUAGUUUUAUCCAAUCAUCCAAUUGUAUGUUGUUUAGUCGUUUAGUCAUGUCCGACUCUUCGUGACCCCAUGGACCAGAGCACGCCAGGCACUUCUGUCUUCCACUGCCUCCCGCAGUUUGGUCAGACUCAUGUUUGUAGUUUUGAGAACACAGUCCAACCAUCUCGUCCUCUGCCAUCCCCUUCUCCUUGUGCCCUCCAUCUUUCCCAACAUCAGGGUCUUUUCCAGGGAGUCUUCUCUUCUCAUGAGGUGGCCAAAGUACUGGAGCCUCAGCUUGACGAUCUGUCCUUCGAGUGAGCACUCAGGGCUGAUUUCCUUAAGAAUGGAUCGGUUUGAUCUUCUUGCAGUCCAUGGGACUCUCAAGAGUCUCCUCCAGCACCAUAAUUCAAAAGCAUCAAUUCUUCGGCGAUCAGCCUUCUUUAUGAUCCAGCUCUCACUUCCAUACAUCACUACUGGGAAAACCAUGGCUUUGACUAUACGGACCUUUGUUGGCAAGGUGAUGUCUCUGCUUUUUACAAUACUGUCUAGGUUUGCCAUCGCCUCUCUCCCAAGGAGCAGGCGUCUUUUAAUUUCGUGACUGCUGUCACCAUCUGCAGUGAUCAUGGAGCCCAGGAAGGUAAAAUCUCUCACUGCUUCCAUUUCUUCCCCUUCUAUUUGCCAGGAGGUGAUGGGACCAGUGGCCAUGAUCUUCGUUUUUUUUAAUGUUGAGCUUCAGACCAUAUUUUGCGCUCUCCUCUUUCACCCUCAUUAAAAGGUUCUUUAAUUCCUCCCCACUUUCUGCAUAUCAAGGUUGUGUCAUCUGCAUAUCUGAGGUUGUUGAUAUUUCUUCCGGCAAUCUUAAUUCCAGCUUGGGAUUCAUCCAGCCCAGCCUUUCGCAUGAUGAAUUCUGCAUAUAAGUUAAAUAAGCAGGGAGACAAUAUACAGCCUUGCUGUACUCCUUUCCCAAUUUUGAACCAAUCAGUUGUUCCAUAUCCAGUUCUUACUGUAGCUUCUUGUCCCACAUAGAGAUUUCUCAGGAGACAGAUGAGGUGAUCAGGCACUCCCAUUUCUUUAAGAACUUGUCAUAGUUUGCUGUGGUCGACACAGUCAAAGGCUUUUGCAUAGUCAAUGAAGCAGAAGUAGAUGUCUUUCUGGAACUCUCUAGCUUUCUCCAUAAUCCAGCGCAUGUUUGCAAUUUGGUCUCUGGUUCCUCUGCCCCUUCGAAAUCCAGCUUGCAUUUCUGGGAGUUCUCGGUCCACAUACUGCUUAAGCCUGCCUUGUAGAAUUUUAAGCAUAACCUUGCUAGCGUGUGAAAUGAGUGCAAUUGUGCGGUAGUUGGAGCAUUCUUUGGCACUGCCCUUCUUUGGAAUUGGGAUGUAGACUGAUCUUCUCCAAUCCUCUGGCCACUGCUGAGUUUUCCAAACUUGCUGGCAUACUGAGUGUAGCUCCUUAACAGCAUCAUUGUUUAAAAUUUUAAAUAGUUCAGCUGGAAUACCAUCACUUCCACUGGCCUUGUUAUUUGCAGUGCUUUCUAAGGCCCAUUUGACUUCACUCUCCAGGAUGUCUGGCUCAUCAACCGCACUACCUGGGGUGUACGAGCCAUCCAUAUCUUUCUGGUAUAAUUCCUCUGUGUAUUCUUGCCACCUCUUCUUGAUGUCUUCUGCUUCUGUUAGGUCCUUUCCACUUUUGUCUUUUAUUAUGGUAAUCUUUGUACGAAAUGUUCCUUUCAUAUCUCCAAUUUUCUUGAACAGAUCUCUGGUUUUUCCCAUUCUAUUGUUUUCCUCUAUUUCUUUGCAUUGCUCGUUUAAGAAGGCCUUCUUGUCUCUCCUUGCUAUUUUUUGGAAAUCUGCAUUCAAUUUCCUGUAUCUUUCACUAUCUCCCUCGCAUUUUGUUUGCCUUCUCUCCCCCGCUAUUUGUAAGGCCUCGUUGGACAGCCACUUUGCUUUCUUGCAUUUCCUUUUCGUUGGGAUGGUUUUAGUUGCUGCCUCCUGUAUAAUGUUACGAGCCUCCAUCCACAGUUCUUCAGGCACUCUGUCCACCAAAUCUAAAUCCUUAAACCUGUUCCUCACUUCCACUGUGUAUUCAUAAGGGAUUUGACUUAGACUGUAUCUUACAGGCCCAGUGGUUUUUCCUACUUUCUUCAGUUUAAGCUUGAAUUUUGCUAUAAGAAGCUGAUGAUCUGAGCCACAGUCAGCUCCAGGUCUUGUUUUUGCUGACUGUAUAGAGCUUCUCCAUCUUUGGCUGCAGAGAAUAUAAUCAAUCUGAUUUCGAUGCUGCCCAACUGGUGAUGUCCAUGUGUAGAGUCGUCUCUUGUGUUGUUGGAAAAGAGUGUUUGUGAUGACCAGCUUGUUCUCUUGGCAGAACUCUAUUAGCCUAUGCCCUGCUUCGUUUUGAACUCCAAGGCCAAACUUGCCAGUUGUUCCUUUUAUCUCUUGACUCCCUACUUUAGCAUUCCAAUCCCCUAUAAUGAGAAGAAUAUCCUUCUUUGGUGUCAUUUCUAUAAGGUGUUGCAAGUCUUCAUAGAACUGGUCAAUUUCAGUUUCUUCAGCACCAGUGGUUGGUGCAUAAACUUUGAUUACUGUGAUGUUAAAAGGUCUGCCUUGGAUUCGUAUCAAGAUCAUUCUAUCAUUUUUGAGAUUGCAUCCCAGUACAGCUUUCGCCACUCUUUUGUUGACUAUGAGGGCCACUCCAUUUCUUUUAUGGGAUUCUUGCCCACAGUAAUAGAUAUGAUGGUCAUCUGAACUGAAUUCGCCCAUUCCCGUCCAUUUUAGUUCACUGAUGCCCAGGAUGUCAAUAUUUAUUCUUGCCAUCUCAUUUUUUACCACAUCCAACUUACCCAGGUUCAUGGUUCUUACAUUCCAGGUUCCUAUGCAAUAUUUUUCUUUACAGCAUUGGACUUUCCUUCCGCUUCCAGGCAUAUCCGCAACUGAGCAUCCUUUUGGCUUUGGCCCAGCCACUUCAUCAGCUCUGAAUCUACUUGUACUUGUCCUCCGCUCUUCCUCAGUAGCAUGUUGGACGCCUUCCGACCUGAGGGGCUCUUCUUCCAGCGUCAUAACUUUUAUAUGCCUGUUGCCUUUGUCCAUGGAGUUUUCUUGGCAGGGAUACUGGAGUGGCUUGCCGGUUCCUGCUCCAGGUGGGUCACGUUUGGUCAAAACUCUCCACUAUGACCUGUCCAUCUUGGGUGGCCCUGCACGGCAUAGCUCAUAGCUUCUCUGAGUUAUUCAAGCCCCUUCACCACGGCAAGGCAGUGAUCCAUGAAGGGGAUCCAAUUGCAUAUUAUAUCCAAAAUCCCUGGCCCAAUGUAUCAUCACCGAUUUAACUUCUUCAUCUUUUGUAUACCAUUCCAGCAACAAUUUAUACAUUUUUGAUAAAAUUUUAUAGUCGUUACUUAGUAUUUCUGUUUGAAAUUUUGAAUCCUUUUCCACAUAACCGCACUCUUUACAAUCCUUUUUAAACAUUUCAUUAACCUGAUAAUAAUGCAACCAAUCAUAUACAUACUCUUGAGAAGAACAUUUUCUUUCACCCUCUGACCAUUUCCACUGCCUUGGCCCUAGUGUCACUGGGAGCUGAACAACUAUCUUGAGUCAGCUUUUGUCAGGACUUGGCUUUAACGAUAUUAAGUAAUUGGGAACUAAAUUAAGAACAGAGCAGUAAAGGCAGGUAUCUCAGCACAGUAAGAUGCCACAAAAACAGGAGCUUUUAUUAAAAGCUCUGAGUAUGACAAUUAAUAUUUUGAAGAACUAAAUGACAUGUAUACUGUUAUUGUUCUUUCCAUAAGCCAAUUGGGAAAAACCUUUCAAUUCUCUGAAUACAAGAAAAGGAGACUUCUAUGUGGAUGAGGAAACAAAGGUGAAAGUCCCUAUGAUGAACAAAGUCAGCUGGUUUGAGACUUACCAUGAUAAGAUCCUGCCCUGCAAGGUUGUGAAGCUCCCUUACAAGAGCAAUGUUUCAGCAUUAUUUAUUCUUCCUCACCAAGGAAAAAUGAAGCAGUUGGAAAAUGCUCUUAGCAAAGACGUUUUGUUAAAAUGGAGGAAUUCAAGAAAAUCACAGUAAGUGGGCAUGCUAUAGUGGAAAGAGUGUAGUACAUAUUUGUAGGUGUAAAUAUAUUGUUGUGAGUUUGAGGGGUAGUGAUAGGCUGUGUAAUGACCAAGUCCCUUGUAAUUCCAGAACAGGAUCAAUUGAGCCUAGACAUCGCUGAGACAGGAGUGCAAACAUGUUAGGAAUGUGGGCUUCGGAGAGCACAUCUUUGAUUAGAAUUCUGUCCUGCCAUAUGACACCCAAAAUUCUCCUGGCACAUUUUUUUUUCAAUGCAACACCUCACUAGUCUCUGGUUCCUCUUUCAACAGAAUAGAUCAAGCAGACCUCUCUGAAAUUCCUGGGAAGCGUGAGGUGAAGAUUUCCAAGGUAGGCUUCUCAAAAUUCAGCAGGUUGAUCUAUAUUUUCUUGCAUCCUCCAUUUUCCACAGAGGUACCCUCUUGUCUGAAUUAUGUUCAAAUGAACAUAAUUUGGGGUACUUGAACCACAAUCCCAUCUCUCAUGGAGAGGAGGAGCCAAAAAUAUUUGCUAUUCCAGCUAGAAUGAUUAAGAGGCACCAAAAACCCAUCUCUCCUUCUGCUAUAGCCUAAUGGCAUGAGUGGUGCUUGAUGACAGAAGAGGGGGGAGCCCCAAUGGAGGUGGUCUCCCAACAGAACUGAUGGAGAGACUCUUAAGGCCCAGCUCUCCCUCUUCCCUUGGCCAUGCUAUUUGGGGCUGAUGGGAUCCAAAAACAUCAGGAGGGCCACAGUUUCCCCACCUCUGACACAAAAUUUUCAAGAGCAGAUGAUUCGGUACCAGUUGCUUUGCAAAGACUGCAGUUAGCAUUGGAGAAGGAGGAGAAAUCUGAUAUAUUUGCAAGCUUUGUGCAGACAGUAUGGUUUAUCACAUACCUGCUUUAGUCUGACCUGCUCAGACACUGUAAUUUUUUUUACGAUAUAUACGAUAUCUUUAUUGUCAAUGUGCCACACAGAACAAUGAAACUGAAAAUCUACAUAAAACAUUCAAAAAUCCCUAAAAACUCUGAAACCCCAUUUUAAAAUACAAUAUACUAUAGUGCUGAUGAACCAUAUGCUGUGUGUAUUACGCAGCAUAAUUUUAAAGUAUAUUACUAAAUAUGUCUUUUAUCCAGUUAUAUAAACUUUUGUAUUUAUCUGUUUAUGUGCUGGCUACUUUUGGAAACCUAGUGUUUAUAAUAUUAUAGGAGCAAUAGGGUAAUAUUAUAUGUGGUACAUAUGAAAGAAGUGUUCGUAUUUUUAGCAUAAUCAGCCUGGCAUUGGGAUCUUGCUUCUCAUCAACAGUAAUGGAGAGAGACAAGAACCAGGAAAAAAUAAUUAUGGAGAAGAUUGACAUCAAGAUUUUAAGAAAAUUCCUUCAGUUCCUUGAGGCUGACUGAUACACAAAUAUGAUGCUUAGAACUGGUUAGAGGAACCAGAUCAAUAGGUAAUCAGAGUGAGAAACGACCACAUGAUGUUGUUUCUUAAGACAUUCAGUGGAUUUGUUUGUUUUGAAAGCCUAGAUUUUCUCAUGAUAAAACCCUGAGUCAGACACAACCUUGCACUAAUUUUUGUAGUAUUUCUUUGCAGGCUAUUCACGAAGCUUAUUUAAAUGUCGACGAGAAUGACACUGAACCUGCAGCUACUGCUGCCAUUGAAAUUGUUCCUAGAUCCCCUCCUUCUGAACUUCAGUUCAAUCACCCCUUUCUGUUGCACGUUGUUGAUGAGGAAACUGAUACAGUCAUCUUCCUGGGAAAAGUCAAAAAUAUUACUGCGGCAUGA